AUGGCGAAACAGAUAAUUUGUAACUUCCAAAUCUUGACUCAUCUGCAUGGUACAAUGAUUCAGUUUUUGAGCAAAUUGGAUGGAAAAAAUGGAAUGAAUAGAUGGGAUAGCAUGAAAAAUGCAACCAGUUUCAAACGGAACGGACGGUUGGUCUAUGCAAAGUCUAUCCUAUUGGAUCUGGAAAAAACACGUUGCAAGGAGACAGUUUAUCUAAUAGAUGAUGGAGUGAGAUGCUUGUUCCAUCAUCCUGAAAAAAGAUAA